UCCCCCGGCGGCGCGGUCCCGGCGGCGCGGGCGGCAUGAAGACGAGCCGCCGCGGCCGAGCGCUCCUGGCCGUGGCCCUGAACCUGCUGGCGCUGCUCUUCGCCACCACCGCCUUCCUCACCACGCACUGGUGCCAGGGCACGCAGCGGGUCCCCAAGCCCGGCUGCGGCCAGGGCGGGCGCGCCAACUGCCCCAACUCGGGCGCCAACGCCACGACCAACGGCACCGCCGCCCCCGCCACGGCCGCCGCCGCCGCCGCGGGGAACGGCCCCCCUGGCGGCGCGCUCUACAGCUGGGAGACGGGCGACGACCGCUUCCUCUUCAGGAAUUUCCACACCGGCAUCUGGUACUCGUGCGAGGAGGAGCUCGGCGGGCUCGGUGAAAAAUGUCGCAGCUUCAUUGACCUGGCCCCAGCAUCGGAGAAGGGGGUCCUGUGGCUGUCAGUGGUCUCCGAGGUGCUCUAUAUUCUCCUGCUGGUGGUUGGCUUCAGCCUCAUGUGUCUCGAGCUCUUUCACUCCAGCAAUGUCAUCGACGGCCUCAAGCUCAACGCCUUCGCAGCUGUCUUCACGGUGCUGUCAGGCCUCCUGGGAAUGGUAGCCCACAUGAUGUACACACAAGUAUUCCAGGUCACUGUGAGUCUUGGCCCUGAAGACUGGAGACCCCACUCCUGGGACUACGGGUGGUCCUUCUGCCUGGCGUGGGGCUCCUUUACCUGCUGCAUGGCAGCCUCUGUCACCACACUCAACUCCUACACCAAGACGGUCAUUGAGUUCCGGCACAAGCGCAAGGUGUUUGAGCAGGGCUACCGGGAGGAGCCGACCUUCAUAGACCCUGAGGCCAUCAAGUACUUCCGGGAGAGGAUCGAGAAGGGGGAUGGGCACGAGGAGGAGGACCUGCGCUUAGACUGUCGUCACGAGAGAUACGCUGCCCGUAAGUGGCCUCGUCUGCAGCACCCCGCCCGCACCAUCCGAGGGGAGGGGUCCCUGGGGAUGAGCCAGGCCGACCUCUCCCUGCAGCCCUGCUUGGUCCCGCAGACACACACUGCAGGACACCAUCCACACAUGGGAGAUUCCUGGCCCCGGAGCUCCACACAGGAGGUCCCCGAGCUGAACCGCCAGUGCUGGGUCCUGGGGCACUGGGUGUGACCAAGACCCAGCGUGGCCCCCAGACUUCAGGCUGUCAUCGGAAGCGGCCCCCACGCCACAAGACCACGGGUCUGGUGCCCCUGGAGAGUUGGCCUGUGUGCUGUGAACUCAGCCAGCCUGUGUAGGAGACACAGGCCUGCCCUUCCCACCACUGCCUGGGGCUCAGGGCCCUGGACACGGAACCAGGGUGGCCUGAGGCAUGCACGGGGCUGCACAUGGCGACUUUGGGACAACGACUCCUGACUUUUGCCACCGUCACACACGGCGCCCUGUCCAGUGCAGCCAGGAUGCCACGGAAGACACAGUCGUUGGCCCCGGAAAGCGGGCCGGGAAGUUCAGGGGGUGUCAGGCGGCGCAGAGCCCUGCCCGAGGCAGGGAGUGGGUGGGGCUUCCUGGCGCUGGCACCAUAGUGGGGGCACAGAGCAGGCACACAGCAGGGGCACAAUAAAUGCUUGUUGAACCUGUUUUCUUGCUAUGUGUGGAGGCCAGUUGCUCUCUGGGCUGUGGCUGCCACCCACGGCCCCACCCUAUCAGGUCCUCAAGGACCCUGAAGGUGAGACAGCCUGAGUGUGCUGGGGUCAGGGCCAGACACUGAGGUGCCCAGAGUGGAAGCUGGGUCUGGGGGGUUGGGGUCAGCGCGGAGCCAGGCUGACAUGCUGCCUUGGAUUCCAGAAGUGUGCAAGGUAGGGAUGGGACAGGCAGGUGGGAAACUUGGAAGACAGGGCCUCAAGCCCAGGCCCUAAGCUGCCCUGACCCCAUGGGGAUCCUUGACCCCAUGUCUAGAGGUACCUUUAUGUGGAGUCCUGGGGCUUAGGUGCCUAGAGAAACAUCCCUAUUAUAAAGAUGAGGGAACUUAGGGUCACAGAGAUGAAGUAACCUGCUUAAGAUAACAGAGCUAGUGAAUGGCAGAGAUGGGGUCAGAACCAGGACUUUAAGAAGUCUCAUUCCUUUCCAGAUGGAUUUCUAGAGCUUUCCCCCAAGUAGAGAAUGUUCUUCAGACUUCCAUACGUCUAUCCAUCACCAACCCAUUAUCUAUCCUCCAUCCUCCAUCAUUCAUCCAU